AUGUCUCGGCGCAAACAGGCCAAGCCCCAGCACCUCAAGUCGGACGAGGAGCUGCCGCCCCCGGAAGGGGCUCCGGAGCACGUGGCCCCCGGGGAAGGCGGGGACGACGGCGACAGCGGCCACGACAGCAAGAGUGGCGGCGAGGAGACCAGCGUGUGUGACAAGUGCUGCGCCGAGUUCUUCAAGUGGACGGACUUCCUGCGGCACAAGAAGAGCUGCACAAAAAACCCGCUGGUGCUGAUCGUCAACGAAGAUGAGCCGGCCCCAGCCUCGGAAGAGUUCCCGGAACCUUCCCCAGCCAGCUCCCCCAGUGAGCCGGCGGAGAGCGAGGCUGCCGAGGAGGCGGCCCCCCCAGACCGCGGGGAGGGCGGCGAGGUGAGGCCCCCGGAGAAGGAGGAGGAGCCCAUGGACGUGGAGUCCACCGUGGGCGACAAGAGCUUCCAGAGCCCGGGCCCCUCGCUCCCAGGGAAGCCGCCUCUACCUCAGGCCCCCGAGCCGGCGCCCGUGACCGCGUACGGCAUGCCAAGCACCAACGUGACGCUGGAGACCCUGCUGAGCACCAAGGUGGCCGUGGCCCAGUUCUCCCAGAACGCCAGGGCAGCGGGGGCGGCCGGCCCCGGCAGUGGGGUGGCGGCGGUGGCCGUCCCCAUGAUCCUGGAGCAGCUGAUGGCCCUGCAGCAGCAGCAGAUCCACCAGCUGCAGCUCAUCGAGCAGAUCCGCAGCCAGGUGGCCAUGAUGAGCCGCCAGCCCUUGCGGCCGCCCCCGCUAAACCCUGCAGCCACCGCGGGGGCCCCGGGAGCCCCCGUUCCCACCUCCGGCCAGCUCCCGGGGCUGGCCGCACACCCCGCCCUGCAGCUGCCCGCCGGGGCCGCCCACGUCCUCACGGCACCAGGCCCCGCUGCCCAGUCCACGGCGUACGAGGGCGCCCAGCCACUGUCACAGCCAGCAUCUGGGGCGAGCACUCCCCUCAUCCCCAGCGGGGGCCCCUCGGUCCCCGAGCCCAGCGGGCCGGCGGCCUCCUCCGCCUGCGCUGCCCCAGCCUCAGCAGCCGGUGCCUCCAGCAGCACCUCGCAGCCACAGAAGGCGUCCACGCCGCCCACCCUGGGGCCCAGCACGCUGCUCAGCUCGGCGCCCAGCCUGCCAAACCCUCUUCUACCUCAGACCUCCGCCAGCAGCGUCAUCUUCCCCAACCCGCUGGUCAGCAUCGCGGCCACGGCCAACGCGCUGGACCCCCUGUCGGCCCUCAUGAAGCAUCGCAAGGGCAAGCCCCCCAACGUGUCGGUGUUCGAGCCCAAGGCCAGCGCCGAGGACCCGUUCUUCAAGCACAAGUGCAGGUUCUGUGCCAAGGUGUUCGGGAGCGACAGCGCCCUGCAGAUCCACCUGCGCUCCCACACGGGCGAGCGGCCCUUCAAGUGCAACAUCUGCGGCAACCGCUUCUCCACCAAGGGCAACCUGAAGGUGCACUUCCAGCGGCACAAGGAGAAGUACCCCCACAUCCAGAUGAACCCAUACCCCGUGCCCGAGUACCUGGACAAUGUGCCCACCUGCUCCGGGAUCCCCUACGGCAUGUCCCUGCCCCCGGAAAAGCCGGUCACCACCUGGCUGGACAGCAAGCCCGUGUUGCCCACAGUGCCCACGUCGGUGGGGCUGCAGCUGCCGCCCACCAUCCCGGGUGUCGGCAGCUACGCCGACUCCCCCAGCCUCACCCCUGCAAGCCGCUCCCCACAGCGGCCCUCACCGGCGUCCAGCGAAUGCCCCUCUCUGUCCCCCGGCCUCAACACCUCUGAGUCCGGUGCCCCGGUGACCGCCGAGUCCCCACAGCCUGUGCUCAGUGGGCCUUCCCUGACCAAGACCGAGCCCGUGAGCCUGCCUUGUGCAAACGCCAGGGUGGGGGACAUCCCUUCCGGCGGCAGCGGCGGCGGGCAGAUGUCUGCCGCAGCCACAUCGGCCGCCACCACCCUCACGGACAACAGCAUCUCCACCGGCCUCUGCAGCCCGGUCCUCGUGGCCAGCUCUGACCAGUUCAAGGCCAAGUUCCCCUUCGGAGGGCUGCUCGACUCCAUGCAGACGUCAGAGACGUCCAAGCUGCAGCAGCUGGUGGAGAACAUCGACAAGAAGAUGACCGACCCCAACCAGUGCGUCAUCUGCCACCGGGUGCUGAGCUGCCAGAGCGCCCUGAAGAUGCACUACCGCACGCACACCGGGGAGCGGCCCUUCAAGUGCAAGAUCUGCGGGCGCGCCUUCACCACCAAGGGCAACCUGAAGACGCACUUCGGGGUGCACCGGGCGAAGCCGCCGCUGCGCGUGCAGCACUCCUGCCCCAUCUGCCAGAAGAAGUUCACCAACGCCGUGGUCCUGCAGCAGCACAUCCGCAUGCACAUGGGCGGCCAGAUCCCCAACACGCCGCUGCCCGAGGGCCUGCAGGACGCCAUGGACGCCGAGCUCCCCUACGACGACAAGGCCGCCGAGGUCCUGAGCAGCUUCGAGGACGACGUGGACGAGAACUCCAUGGAGGAGGACGUGGAGCUGAAGGACGCGGCCGGCGACCCGUCCAAGCCGCUGCUGCCCUACGCGGCCUCCUGCCCGCCCUCGCCCCCGUCCGUCAUCUCCAGCAUCGCCGCCCUGGAGAACCAGAUGAAGAUGAUGGAUUCCGUCAUGAGCUGCCCGCAGCUGACCGCCUUGAAGGCCAUGGAGAACGGGUCCGGGGACAGCGACCGCCUCAGCAACGACUCCUCGUCCGCGGUGGGCGACCUGGAGAGCCGCAGCGCGGGCAGCCCGGCCCUGUCCGAGUCGUCGUCCUCCAUGCAGGCCCUGUCCCCCGUCCACAGCCACAGCGAGAGCCUGCCCUCCAAGUCCCCAGGCCUCAGCACCCACGAGGAGCCGCAGGACAUUCCGCUAAAGACGGAAAGGCCAGACAGCCCGCCCCCCGCCCCCGAAAACGGAGGCGCGCUGGACCUGACGUCCGCCCCCCCUGGCCGGCUGGCCAUCAAGGAGGAGGCCCCCUUUAGCCUGCUGUUCCUGAGCAGAGACCGGGGUCCCAGCCAAAGCGCGCCGAGCCUGGUCACCGGCUCCGCGCCUGCCAUGAUCAAAAUGGAGGUGAACGGGCACGGCAAAGCCAUCACGCUGGGCGAGGGCCCGCCGCUGCCGGCCGCCGUCCAGGUGCCCUCCGGGCCGCAGGCGGUGAUGAGCCCCGGCCUCGCGCCCAUGCUGGCCCCCCCGCCACGCCGGACACCCAAGCAGCACAACUGCCAGUCGUGCGGGAAGACCUUCUCCUCAGCCAGCGCCCUGCAGAUCCACGAGCGCACCCACACCGGGGAGAAGCCGUUCGGCUGCACCAUCUGCGGGAGAGCCUUCACCACCAAGGGCAACCUCAAGGUGCACAUGGGCACACACAUGUGGAACAACGCCCCUGCGAGGCGGGGCCGCCGCCUGUCGGUGGAAAACCCCAUGGCUCUGCUGGGGGGCGAUGCCCUGAAGUUCUCGGAGAUGUUUCAGAAGGACCUGGCAGCACGUGCCAUGAACGUGGACCCCAGUUUCUGGAAUCAGUAUGCGGCGGCCAUCACCAACGGCCUGGCCAUGAAGAACAAUGAGAUUUCUGUCAUCCAGAAUGGGGGCAUCCCCCAGCUCCCGGUGAGUCUGGGUGGGAGCGCCAUGCCCCCUGUGGGCUCCCUGGCUGCCAGCAUGGACAAGGCUCGCACGGGCAGCAGCCCGCCCAUGGUGGGCCUGGACAAAGCCAGCUCCGACACGGGGGCCAGCCGGCCGUUCACGCGGUUCAUCGAGGACAACAAGGAGAUCGGGAUUAACUAG